UGAAAUGCUUUCGAACAGUACAACACCAUAAAAUAUCUAAAGGUCAAAGCCUAUACGAAGAGAUUGGUUAUUUUAGAAUAACACCGCAUCUCAGUCGUAGUCAUGAAUUAUCUGUAGCAUAUUCUCAAACUUUCAUACAAGUGGGUGUUUUCCUCUCGUUCUAAGGUUUACAACAUGGGGUCAUACGAAAAGAUGGUGAUAGAGCCCAAAUUUGCAGACUAUGGGACUAUCCAUUCAAUAGCAGAAGUGCCUCAGCAUAACUCAUUACAUGCCUUAUUAGGUCCAAAAACAGUUCUCACGUCUACGCCUGUAGAAGCUGAAACAUCCAGCAGUUCGAAAGAUAUGGUACAAGGUGAUUUGUAUCAAAGACAACCAUUGCUAGUAAAUUCUUCGAAGGGGGAUCAUUGGGGGAGCUCCAAAGUCAAUACAGAUAAUGAUUAUUGCAUAGAAGAUGACGAAGUUCAAAAAUCCGGUACCAAUAAUGGAGUCAUCAGAAUCGAAAUGCCUUCACCGAUUAGGGAGGAACCACGAUUUCCACAGGAAAGGUGGAAAACAUUUAUUGCCGCUAUUGCCAUGAUGUUGGGUUUCCUAGCUACCUUAAUCUCACUAUCAAUAGUACACAAUCAAGUACCACUGAACGAUCCACCAUUACCUGAUGUAAUAUUAGAUAAUGUACCUGAGAUUGACCCAGCUUUAAAUGUUUCAGAGUAUAUUAUAGUAUUUAACGUUAUAUCCUGUAUAGUAUGUAUGAUAUUUCAUAAGCACAGAUUCAUUAUAAUGAGGAGAAUAUUCUUAUUAAUGUCCUUGCUGUACAUGUAUAGAGCAGUCACUAUGUUCGUGACUGUAUUACCUCUUGCGAAUCGCACAUACCCAUGUGCUCCAGAAACGAACCAAACCAGUGUUGUAGAAGUAUUGAAGAGGGUGAUAAAAAUGAGUGCUGGUUUUGGCCUCUCUAUCAAUGGUGAUCAGAUCUACUGUGGUGACUUCAUUUAUAGUGGCCACACUGUUAUUUUAGUACUUAGUUAUUUAGUAAUCUCAGAAUAUACUCCAAGAAAACUGUGGCCAGUUGGAAUCGUCUAUUGGGUACUCAGUUUACUUGGAAUCAUUUUUCUAGAAAUGAGUCAUGCACAUUACACAAUAGAUGUUGUGAUAGCUUAUUUUAUCACGACAAGACUGUUUUGGUUAUACCAUACCUUAGCUAACCAUACAUAUUUGAGGCAAGCGACAUCUCAUAAUCUACUAGGAAGAGAGUGGUGGUUUUGGUUGUUUCAAUACUUUGAAAGUAACAUAGAGGGCCCGGUUCCUAUACAAUACGAAUGGCCAUUACCUUGGCCAAGAAGGUUUCAUUCUAAAAACCGUGAUAGUUAGUAUAAAAAUCUAAGUAGUAACUAUGAAGAAGGAUUUUUUCAAAUUUUUCAGAUUAACAUUGUGAUUUGCUAGAAAAUGAUGAAAACUAUGCCUUAUAUUCUAUAUGAAAAUAUUGGUGUACAAACUGUUAUAUUCAUUUACCUAACGGAUAAUAAUAGAAAUCUAAGGGUGCAAAUUAUAUUAAUUAUUAAGGAUGAAAACAAAAGAAUUGAUGUUUUUUUUGAGUUUGUUAUUUUUUUGUUUUGUUAUUAUAUUUUCAACUUCAUCUGAUGCAGUAUAAAUUGAUAAUGAUUGUGAUAAAAAAAUUUGAAGUAAAAUAUUGACAAAUAUCUGCCUAGUCCCUACUCAUUUGUGAUAGCAAUAUUUACUGCAUCUUAAUGAAUUCAUAUGCUUUAAAGAGGCUGAUGUGUCAUAAUGCAUUCACAACGUUAGUUUUUCUCUCUGCUGAGAAUUGAUUGAUUGAAAUUUUUUUUUUGCAGCUUUUUCUACCCAUUUUAUAAAUAUCAAGUGAGAUAAUUUGAAUGGUAUGGCAAUCGAUUCAGUAUACUUGUGAAAUAAUUGAAAAGCAUUCCUCAGAAUAAGUUUUCAACCAGUUAAUAUUUUAUUUCCCAAAAAUAUCACAUCAGUGAUUUUGACAAUAAAUAAGAAUAUUGAUAAAGUUAACAUAAUUCAAUACAUGUAUAAAUCGUUGUUGGACCUACAUUCUGAUAUAAUUCAGGUAUGUGGCCGAUUUGUUAUAAAUUAUUAUUGUAUUAUUCUGAACAUUUGUUUUCAACUUUAUAAUAUUUCAGAAAUAUUUUAUACUUAUUUAUUAUCAAUUCAAACAUUUAUAUGAUCUGAAAGAGACAAAAAUUAUGUAAGUAUGAAGAAAUGUGAUACUAUAUUAUAAUGGAGAUAAAUAUGAUCACAAAAAUAAAAAAACAAAAAAUUUCUUGCUAGAAUAUGUUUUAAUUAAGACUUAUUGAAGAAAAUAAGAUAUAUUCACCAUCAUACAAAUAACUGAAAAAUUAAUAUUGAAAAUGUAUAGACAACCCUUAGCUUGAAUGUCCUGAAAAGGCUCAUUUUCAUUUUCUUUCUGAAAAGAAAAAAAUAUUUUUUUAUUUUUGUUUUAUACUUGUUAUACAGAAUUUGCAAUUCUAAUCCAAUGAAUUGGGUUGUGAACACUUCUAAAAUCUGUUACUAAAAUUGGAGUACAGGUUCCACCACUCGCAACCAUCAUCUUGAAGGAUUUGAAGAAACAUCUAGCCAAUCAGUAGUACCAUACUACAAACUUAGAAUGUGUCUCCACAAUAUCUCGAAAUACUUGAAUUGAAUGGAAUUUAUCUUCAAUUCUAAAUAUAAUAUCACAAAUACGAACUUUAAGACUUUAAUGAGAUUUAAAAUUUCUUUAAAUUAUACCAAAUUUUAUUUGGAAAAAUUUCUUUCUGACAAUUUUUGUGUUGGUAUCAUAUUUCAAGUUACUUCCCAUUCUUUGGUAGUGAAUAACAUGUUGAGGCAUGUUCAAUCUCAAAUUCAAGUCUUUAACCAAUAUAAUAUGGUGGAUGGUGGAACCUUAUGAAUUUUAAUAAAGAAUCUGUUUUUUUUUUAAUGGUUACUUGAGACAGGAGACCAAUCAAACUUAAAAAAUAUGGCUUAAUGUUCAUCACAUGAAAAAAUCCGAAAUAAUUGGCGGUUCCUCUUCGAUUUAUUUAAUUUCAUCAUUAAUAUAUAUCUACUGAAUAAAAUCUUGUUUUUUCUCAUUGUCACCAAACAGAUAAGUUAUUUGUUAUUUAGACAGAAGUUUAGAAGAGAUCAUUUGAGUAAGUGUUUAAUGAAGUAAAUAAUAAUUACCCAGUAAGAAGUAAAACGUUAAAUGAUUAUCGUUAUCAAGAAUCAGAGGCUGUUGAAAUCGAGCUUCAUACAAAUUCCUUUGAUAACUCAAAAAAUAGAAACCACAUCUGAAUAUUUUUUUAUUUCUCGAAUACACCAUGUAAAAUUAUGUUUGUAUUUUUAUUAUCAUAUUUGUACAAUUGAAGGGUAAAGAAUAUUUUCAGAAGCAUGGAUAUUCCUUCAUAUUUCCAUUCGAUAGAAUAAGUGUUGUUAAAUAAAUUUUAUAUUCUUGAA